GGUUGACAUGAUAAUAUCUGAAACUCAAAGAUGAUGGCACCCUUAACCCCUUAUCUCUCUCAUCACUCUUUGUCCCCAAAUUAACACUUUCCAACUCCACCCACCAUGCAAGUAAUAUCUUCAGCAUGCAAUUUGUGGUCAUUGGGAGUGCCAACCCACACAACAACAACAACAACAACAACAACAACUUCUCUCCUCAGCCGCCGUGAGAUCUGCUUUGAUGGAAUGUCCUCUGUCUGCUCUCACUCCCCAAACCACGUCCUUCCACCCAUCUCCAUUUCAAGAUGUAGCAGCACUAUUCAAGAUGAAACAUUGGAUUUUGGUGCAAUGCUGAGGAAGGCUGUUCUGUCCCCAACACGACGUGCGUUAAUGGCGAGUUUGACUAUGUACCCUUGUUUCUGUUCUUCAAGGUACUUGUCAGCCCUAGCAUUGGGAGAUCCAUCAGUGACACUUGAAGAAGUAACCCCUCCUGUGUUUUCUCCUGGGCCACUGUUUCCCAUAGAGGAUCGAAUUGUCCAACUAUUUGAAAGGAACACAUACUCUGUUGUUAACAUAUUCGAUGUGACAUUACGUCCUCAGCUUAAUGUAACUGGUGUGGUUGAGAUUCCUGAAGGAAAUGGUUCUGGAGUAGUUUGGGAUGAGGAUGGCCACAUUGUGACAAAUUAUCACGUAAUUGGCAAUGCCCUUUCAAGAAAUCCAAAUGCUGGUGAGAUUGUUGCUCGAGUUAAUAUUCUAGCAUCAGAAGGGCUACAAAAGAAUUUUGAAGGUAGACUCGUUGGAGCUGACCGGUUAAAGGAUCUUGCUGUCUUGAAGGUAGAAGCCCCUAAAGAUAUUUUAAGGCCUAUGAAGGUGGGGCAAUCAUCUUCUCUAAAAGUUGGGCAGCAAUGUUUGGCGAUUGGAAAUCCAUUUGGCUUUGAUCACACCCUCACGGUUGGGGUUAUUAGCGGACUUAACCGAGACAUCUCUAGUCAAACUGGGGUAACAAUUGGUGGUGGUAUUCAAACAGAUGCAGCCAUAAAUCCCGGGAACAGCGGAGGACCCCUUCUGGAUUCAAAAGGAGGCUUAAUUGGGAUCAAUACUGCAAUAUUUACUCAGACAGGAACAUCAGCUGGUGUAGGAUUUGCCAUCCCAUCUUCAACUGUCUUGCGAAUUGUUCCACAGCUGAUACGAUUUGGAAAAGUUGUUAGAGCUGGUUUAAACGUGGAAAUUGCGCCGGACUUAAUUGCAAACCAACUUAAUGUUCGAAAUGGAGCACUUGUUCUUCUGGUUCCUGCAAAUAGUGUUGCUGCCAAAGCUGGCCUAAAUCCCACCACAAGGGGCUUUGCUGGAAAUAUAGUCCUUGGAGACAUCAUUGUUGCAGUUGACAAUAAGCCUGUCAAGAGCAAGGCUGAGUUGUUGAAAGCAUUGGAUGAGUAUAACGUAGGAGAUAAAGUAGUAUUGAUGGUUCAGAGGGGCAGUGAAAAGUUGGAGCUGCCUGUGGUGCUUGAGGAACAGAGUUCUUGAGAUGGUUUAUAUGCAUUCAUGUGUUGUAACCCACUAAUUUAUUAUAUUGGCAGACAUGUAUUAUUAUUUUGUUCAAUAAACCAAAAAGAAAAGUAGAAAGAAUUUUGUUUAUGUAAUCAGGGUGUCGUGUAGAGUUCAAAUAUGAUAUUUCAAAAUACUUUACUCUUGAA